GAGGGUAAAAGUAUCUGCAAUAACCUAACCAGAGAACAGUGUCUACACAUUGGCGAUCACACUAGUGUUCCCAUGGCCGCCCCGAGCCUUAGCAGUGUCUUGACUAAUGCCAACCUGACCAUGUACCAGAGCGGGGUGCCCGAUCUGAUACCACCACAGCCCAUUGGCCGAACAAGCCCAACUGAAUACACAGACAACACCAGUCCUGUCCCAGGGCAGUGGUAUGAGCAAGCGAGUCCCCUCUGCUGGUCGCUGGAGAACGUUCUGGAGUGGAUCAGCGAUAACAUCGAGGGUACAAACUAUGAUGCUCGCUCCCUCAACCUCGCGUACUGUGCUUUGGAUGGCCCCAGUCUGUGCAGGAUGUCCCAGAGUGAAAUGAUUACAGUGUUUGGCCCACAGCUCGGUCCUCGUCUGCACCAGAGUCUACUCAAGCACAAAGCCAAGCAUGAAUUCCAGCUCCUGUCUGCAUCUGAUCUGAAUGAGACUUGUGAACUCCUGGACACCUUCCUGGACAAAUUGAAGUACCCACUGCUCAGCACCAUCACCAUCGGCCAAAGCCUCCAGAGUGCUGAAGUCAUUUCUCCCAAAAAAGAGACCUCCUUCUGUGAAGACUAUGACCUGAGCCCCCUCAGCAUGGAGCUCACCACACUGACUGACACAGGCAACUACUCUGAUCAGCACUCGGACAGCGAUCUCAGCUCAUCCUGCAACAGUUAUCUGUUCUCUGGUUUCCGCACGCCAGAAUCCACAAGCGGCGAAUCUGAACCAGAGUUCUUUUACCCUUCCAAUUACAAAAUCAAAACUGAGAAGAAUGUGGAGGAAUAUUGUCAGAAGAGGCGCGGACGACCUCCUAAAGGAAGCAGAGAUCACAACAGUCUGUACAGCCCCAAGAAGAGCAAGCAUGCCCCUCGAGGCACUCAUCUGUGGGAGUUCAUCCGUGACAUCCUGAUCCACCCCGAGAAGAACCACGGCCUGCUCAAGUGGGAAGACCGCCGAGAGGGGGUCUUCAAGUUCCUCAAGUCUGAAGCCGUGGCCCAGAUGUGGGGUCAGAAGAAGAAGAACAGCAGCAUGACUUACGAGAAGUUGAGCCGUGCUAUGAGGUACUAUUACAAGCGUGAUAUCCUGGAGCGUGUAGAUGGCAGGAGACUGGUGUACAAAUUUGGGAAGAACGCCAGCGGUUGGAGGUUGAGCGAGCUGACUCCAGUCAUGUGACUUCACUGCACAUGCUCACUUUAAACUCUAACAAGUUUAUGACACUUACUUCCUCAGAACAGGAAGGUGUUGACAGAAACUGUAAGCCACUGUUAAUGGCUCUAGUAGGUUUUAUGAACCAUAUUUAUAUUUUACUUUAUUUUGUUAUUCACUGUGCAUGUUUAAUAUGAAUAUGACCAACUUAUAUUGAUAUGGUACAAUUAUCGAUGGACAUUUGUAGCUCUAUUUGGGCAAUAUGUAUUUGUAUUAACUGAAGUUUUGUACAGAUUGUAUAAUUGUGUUAGCUUCGCAAACCAAGCACUAUGAUAUGUAUUUUUGUAUGAAGUGAGUAAUAUUUGUGUGUCAUAAGGCUGACAAUGAAAAGCCAGUUCUAUAUAUGUUCACUGUAUCAUGUAUCAUGUUUUAUUUUAUGAUAAACACAUUAUUAAUGUACUCUACGUGUUUGAAUAGAUGCUGAUUUUUUCACACAUAUUUUUUAAAUAAAAUAAUCCUACAAAAUCA